CAGUGUGGUCAGAGUAGGCUGUGUCUGUCUUGUCUGCAGGAGGAGGAGUCUCCCUGUGGGGAGGUGACACUGAAACGGGAUCGCUCCUUCUCAGAGCAUGACCUGGCCCAGCUGCGGAGUGAGGCAGCCUGCAGCCUGCAGCCAGCCGCUGCCCCCCAGGAAGGAUCAGGACUGCCUCGGCCCAGGGCAGGCAGCAUGCACACCUGGAGGCCCAGUGCCCGGGACCAGGGCUCCUGUGCUGCUGGUAUUCAGUCCCAGCCUGAUGCUGGUGCCCCUGUGCUCAGCAGUCUGAGCUCUACAUACAGACCUGAGGCCUCUGUGCCAGACACCGGGCACCUGUGGCUGGAGUUCAGUCAUCCUGUGGAGAGUCUGGCCCUGACUGUGGAAGAGGUGGUAGACGUGCGCCGCGUGCUGGUGAAGGCUGAGAUGGAGAAGUUUGUCCAGGACAAGGAGCUUUUCAGCAGCCUGAAGCGGGGGAAGGUUUGCUGCUGCUGCAGGGCCCGGUUCUCGCUGUUCACCUGGCCACCGAUUUGUCUCUUCUGCAAGAGGUGAGCCUCACAUGGCAUGGAGGCCACAUGUGAGUGAGGUUGGGCCAGGGCGAUGUGCCAGAUGCCUGUGAUUGUGGCAAUGUCUUAUCACACACUACAGCUAUGGGUGGAGUCUUUCAGUGCCAUUGGGGAAUCGAUUUUUUUUUUUCAGUUCAGAGGUGUUUUAUUUUAUACCUAUUAUGCUGUGAAUUU